GUGGCGGUGUGUCCCGUGUUUGACGGUAGUUUUAUACAAUAAAUAUGGCUGCCCGCAGUAUAGCAUGUUUGGGGCUAAACGCCCUUUAUUCCUCCGUUUGCGCCCCUAAACAGGCGCUGAGGAGCUGCUGGGGUGCCGUGCAGCAGGUCAGGGAUUACUAUGUGGACUGGAGGAUGCUGAGGGACGUCAAGAGGAGACAGAUGGCCUUUGACUACGCCGAUCAGAGGCUGCGGAUCAACUCACUGAGGAAGAACACCGUCCUGCCCAAAGAACUUCAGGAGGUGGCAGACAAAGAGAUCGCAGCGCUUCCCAGAGACAGCUGCCCUGUGAGGAUACGCAACAGGUGUGUGAUGACAUCUCGACCUCGUGGAGUCAAGCGGAGGUGGCGCAUCAGCCGCAUCAUCUUCCGUCACCUGGCAGACCACAACCAGAUGUCCGGGAUCCUGAGGGCAAGGUGGUGACCGGGUAUCAGUGGGGUGGAAAAGCUGGAUUGGAUGACCAGUAGGCUGAUUCAGGGGCCGCAAGGAACACAACUCGUUUUGACGUCAGCACAUGUGGAAUCCUUAGAGCCAGUGCUUAUAUCCAAUGUGUUGCACACUCUGCAGCCAUGAAGUUGUGGUUGCAUCCAAAUCCAUGUUUAAAACUGUACUUUCUGAUUGUCUGCGUCAGCAAAAUGCGCUUGCUUCCUGUGGCACGUUUAGAUACACAAAGAAGAAGAAGAAAGAUGACGUAAUAUUUAAAGAGAGUAUAUUGAUGUGACAAGGCGUUAAGGUUUAAAUGUAAAUUACUCACCUGUAUGAAUAAACAUGUACAUUGUCUGCCUCUG